CAAGAAAUAUGGCUGCCUCCAUGAGCACAACAAUGUCUUUAGAGGAAAACAUUUUAAGAGACAUUAGAACUCAAUUUUUCGAAAUGGUACCAAUUAGGCGAAUGAAAUGGAAGACGACACACUCAAUAGAUGACAAAGAUAUCUCACCAGACUUGCAAAGGGCUGUUCUGAAGGCCACCGUUCAAGAUGCCACAUGUAAGCAGUACCCGCCAUCACUCAGCUAUCAACGUGCAUUUGUUAAGAGCAUCUUACAUAAGCUUGAAGAUAUUGAUGCUGAUAUCUGUGAUGAAAUCUAUGAAACAUAUGGUGAUCUGCUUCAACAGAAGGAGGAAGAGGACGAUACGCUAUGUUACAAAACCUACACUCUGCCCUGUGGGAAUACCGUCAGUCUACAGGAGUCAGUACAUCUUAUUUCCCAGGGGACCACAGGACUAAGUACUUGGCAGGCAGCCUUACAUCUGUCAGAAUGGUGCUCCGAAAAUAGCAAGUUCUUAGAAAACAAGCGUGUGUUGGAGUUGGGCAGUGGACUGGGACUUACCGGGAUCACUGUGUGCAGGAAGUGCCAGAUGAAGUCGUACACGUUUACUGACUGUCACCACCAGGUGCUCUACCUUCUUAUGAAGAACAUUGAGACCAACUUUGCUAAACAAACGUAUCUGUCACAGCCAACCUACACGCCCAGCGAUAUCUUCCCCUCCACAUCUAAAGAGUGCACAGACAAAAAGGACGGACGUAUGAUGAAAUCAAUCCGCCGCCAAUUGAGUGUAAACGCUGAGCCCUCCAAUCCCUGUACCGUGAGCAUGUGUUCAGAUAUUAUGGAGAUCAGCUAUACUUCCACAGCUUCAUCGUCAUACGACGAGGAAAACAGCGAGGACACAUUUUCUGAUCAGAACGAUUUUCAUGUUGAGUCUCAGAAUUGGGUAAUGGACGAAUGUCUUCCUGGAAUGUACUUCUUCGACCAAGACGAGAGAAUCCGACUUCUCAAAUAUGAUUGGGAAACUUCCGAUGACAGAAUUCUGUGGGAUCUAGCUCCUGACAUCAUACUUGCUGCAGAUGUUGUGUUUGACAAGUCCAUCAUGCCUGCCCUGGUGUCUGUGUUGCGGAAACUGUUGUCCCUGGAGAUGGAGAAUGGCCAAAGAGCCACUGCCUUUAUAGCAUCUACGAUCAGAAAUGAGGACACCCGCGACCACUUCCUCAUCGUAUUAGCAAACGAAGGACUCACUUAUGAAAUAGUUGAUUCUCCCAAGAAGAAGAUAUUCCAUUACGAAGACACCAUUCCAAUUGAGAUUCUCAAAAUUCAGUGUCCGGCCGGCAGCUGAUACAGUGAUCUUUGUCAAGCAGACUCUUGUCGAACAUAUCUAUUGUCAUGUUAAGUGUUUUCACUAUAAAAAAGUUCUCAAAUGUUUGUCACAAUAAUCUAAAAUGUGUGUCAAAACAAAGCAAUUUUAAGGUGUACCAGAUUGAAUUGUAUUUUCUUAACUCAUUCACCCCUACAUUUUUAAAUUGGACUUGCCCAGUCUUUGAUUUGGUAAGGUUCAAAUGUGACUUUUGGGGUGAAUGAGUUAAUUCUUGUUUAAUCAUGGUUUUUUCUUUGGCUUCUUAUAUAAAAUUACCAAUAGAAUACUACACUACUACUUAAGUGGGUGCCACUUUAUAUCACAUUUUGGUUUAUAUCAUGGUGUUUUUUUUAAAUGCUGUUUAUGUAAUUCGGUUGUUUUAUGUCAUGUAUUGCAAGUUGAUGAAAUUAUCACAUGUAAAAUUUACAUAUUCAGGGCUAUAUCUCUGUAAACAAUGGUUACUUUUUGUAAAACAAAAAAAGGCUGUGUGGUGCAUAUUUUUAUGUUGUCUACCUGCUUGAUGUAAAACAUUAGCUGAAGAGGUGUAUUUACUUUCUAUACUUUCUCAUGUCACGAUAUUAAAAAAGAUAUUUAUACAUAAGAGUGCUACAAUUAGAUUUAUUAAGGAUCCUUGUCCCACAGUCACUGCACAGUGGUUUUUGGUGCGUUCAUUGACCCUUAAUUUUGCUUUGUAGUUGUAGCCCAUUUGGGGCCAGGACUCUUUCGUUAACCUGGUAGCCAAGUCGGUAAGAGUGAUAAUAUGAGUGAUCUGAAGUGCAGGGUUCGAAUCCCAGUCUAGCCCUGCUGAUUUUUUUACC